AGUCGUGAAUUUUGCGUGUUCUGAGUUAAUUGUGUCGUAUUUUCAUAAAACAUUUAAGCUUGUUUUUUAAGUUUCCUGAAGCGUAUUGUAUUGUGUUAGAAAAAGAAAGACAAAGUGAAAAGUAUCAAUAUGUUAUCGUUCGGCGCACAUUGUUAUAAAAAAAGUGUUGAAAAUGAAAUGCUUCAGAGUAAAAUAUUUUAGAGAGACAUCGUCUUGUAUGAGAUAAAUAUUAUUCACGUCGACAAUGGAUGAUGAGGAAGCUGACUUGCGUGAACAAAUAUUUCACAAUAACGUUAGGGAGCAAAUCAUAUUUUUGCUACUGUUCAUAUUACUUUACCUUCUCUCAUUUGUGUUGAUUGAGAAAUUUCGACGGCGUGACAGUGAGGACUAUUUUACAGCAGAUGAAGAUGAAGUGAAAGUGUACCGUAUCAGUCUGUGGUUGUGCACAUUUGCAUUGGCUGUAUCAUUGGGAUCAGCACUCUUGUUGCCAGUAUCAAUAGUCAGCAAUGAAGUGCUUAUUUUGUAUCCCAAGAGCUAUUAUGUAAAAUGGCUGAACAGUUCACUAAUACAAGGACUUUGGAACCAUGUGUUCCUGUUUUCAAACCUUUCUAUGUUCGUGUUCUUGCCUUUCGCAUAUCUGUUCUCGGAAUCCUCUGGGUUCCCCGGGUGCAGGGGCCUGAGAGGUCGAGUAUACGAGACCUUCAUAGUGUUGGCAUUGCUCGGUCUAGUAAUGCUAGGCUUGGCGUACGUUAUAUCGGCGUGGCUAGAGGGAGACCGAUCCAGUAUUGAUGCUUUACUUAAUUUAUGGACAUAUCUGCCUUUCCUGUAUUCCUGUGUGUCUUUUGUGGGUGUCUUAAUGUUAUUAGUGUUCACACCUUUGGGCUUCGUGAGGCUAUUUGGAGUUGUGGGCGGAGUACUCGUAAAGCCGCAAUUCCUGAGGGAUCUCAAUGAGGAGUAUUACGUGUACUCUUUCGAGGAGGAAACCAUAAAACGACGGAUUGACAAUGCCGUUUCUACAGGUGUAGGUUACAUAUCGCCGGAGCCGAUGUACCCUGACCGUGGUGAUAUAUCGGCGCCCGUCGACGCUGAUAUAUCGCUGUUGAAAGAUGCUAAGAAUACCUCUAUGAGUUGUAAAGAGACACCUCUAUUGAGGCUAAGGAAUGGCGCGCUCCAGGCUGGCCUCAACGAAAGGUUACAUAGAGUCGUGGCCAUGCGAAAGGAGGUGGAAAAUCAACGUAAGACAUCAUCAUUCCAGCGUAACGUUGUGUACCCACUAGCAAUGUUACUGCUGCUCGCUUUAACUACUAUAACGGUGCUGAUGGUGCUGCAAAAUAUAUUGGAGCUGCUGAUUGGGAUAAAGGCGGUGCCGCUUAGUACAAGACAAUUCACUCUGGGCAUCGCUUCGUUAUCGAAGCUGGGUUGGGCGGGCGCGACGCUAGAGGCGUUCCUGAUACUGUACUUGCACGCGGCGUCGCUCACCGGGCUGAGCGCGCCGCUGCGGGCGCUGCGCGUGUUGCCGCGCGCGCGCCGCACGCCGCUCGCGCGCAUCAUAGCCACGUGCGCGCUACUGCUCGCGCACUCCACCGCGCAGCCGCUGCUCGUCAAGAUACUAGGUAUAACGAAUUUCGAUCUUCUCGGCGAGUUCGGUCGCAUCGAGUGGCUCGGCAACUUCAAGUUGGUUCUUCUGUAUAAUGCAAUAUUUGCGGCCACAGCGACCCUGUGCCUGGUCAGCAAGUUCACUGCCAGCGUACGCCGCGAAUUAUACAACAGAUUCAAGUGGAUAACUAAUAUGUUUAGUAUAACAGAAGAAAAAUCUACUGCAAAUGGAUGUGUCUCUGCUGAUAGAGUGUCAAUGGAACAGACAAUAAAUGUACAAAAUGAAGAUAAUUCCAGGAAAUCAGAGUAAAAACAAGACAAAUACAUAUUCUAAAAACUAGAAUGAACAUAAAAUUCCUCACCUGUGAUGUUUAUAAACUUUAUUUACUUAAAUAUGUUAUAUAAUAAAAUGUAAUCAAAGAGC